GUAACAUGUUAGACUGACUCAUACGAACACGAACGUCCUUCACGGAAAAGGAAAUUUUUUCAGAAAUAUCUAGAAAACAUGACGACUUUUAAAUAUUUGAAGAUGCUGCACCUGUCUAACUGUGUUUUGAUGCCAAUGCUGCUGAUGAUCGCUGAUGGCAUUACAGUGAAAGGUCUCUCUGAUCCUUUGGUUGUUCCUCUGGGAGGUUCAGUGGUUUUGCCUUGUUAUGUCGACAAACCCUUAACAAUGGAGGAUCUGGAGGUGGAUUGGAGAAGAUCAGACUCAGAGACUCUGGUUCAUCUGUAUCAAGAUGGUGAGAGUCGACCAGAGGUCCAGCAGCAGGAUUAUCAUGAUAGAGCUCAUUUCUUUACUGACCAGAUUCAACACGGAAACUUCUCCCUCCUGUUGAACAAUGUGACAGCUGAAGAUGAGGGAGAAUACAGAUGUACAGUUUUCAGUGGGCAGGAUUCUGGUGCAACUGAGGUCGAAAUAAAACAUGUUGAGCGUUUGAUAGUCUCGGGAUCAGAUCACUCCAUAUCUGCGUAUGCGGGUGAAGACGUCACUCUGAACUGCUCUGUGGACUCUCACAUCACACCUGAAGAGAUUGAAGAGCUUUCAUGGAAGAAAACAGAUAAAGAUGGAGAUAUUCUGGUCCUGCUCUACCAAAACAAUGAACCUUUACCCGAAUCAUCACAUGAGCAAUACAGAGACAGAGUUGAGUUCUUCACUGAUGAAAUCUCCAAAGGAAACUUCUCUCUCAGACUGAAGAGUGUCAGAACUGAAGAUAAAGGAGUUUAUAUGUGUCAAGUGUUUGCUGGAGGAGUUUCAGCCAACACAACUGUAGAACUGGAACAACUGGGUUUCUCUGCUUUACACAUAAUGGUGCUGAUUCUUUGUUUUACUGCAUCUGGAUCUGCACUUCUGCUCUGCGGUCUGAUUUACUGCACAUCACAACAUGCAAAUGCCGCUACAACGAAACCUGUGAGGGCUCUUGAGUAUUUUCAUGUGUCUCUUCCAAACAUUGCUAUGUUCUUGGCUUUUGUAUUCUGGGGUGUUACUGAAGGAUCUUUCUAUGAGAGUAUCUGCUGCUGUACUCUUUUUAUUCUGAGGCCUCUGAUGUUGAUUAGUUUUGCUCCAUAUUUAAAGGACAUAUCAGAUGCCAUUCUUCACAUUAAAUUUGCCAUUUUUGAGUUAGUUUAUUAUUCAGUUCUUUUCAGACGUUUUUGGGAAUAUCUUGUACAUUAUUCAUGGGUUGACAGAUCUCUGGCAAUAGUCACGUGUGGAUUAAGUAUGCUGCUCUUUUUCAUCUACAUCAUUUCUCGCUUGAUGAAAAGACGGGAUCUGGAUAUCGGGAUAUCUCAUGGAGAGAUGUGUGAAUGGAUAUGGGAUAAAUUAACAGAUGUCGCUGUAUUCACCUUUCAUAUAACCUCUUCAAUACAUUUCAUACUCAUGUUCUACAUAUUUGGAGUUCCCAAAAAUGUGUUGUAUGCUGCACUCAUUUUCCCAGUUGCCUUUUUACUGUCAUUUACAUGUUUGAAAGUAAAGAGGGAGAAAAGAUGUUCAUAUUUGCUCAAUAACAUAACAUGGAUAAUCUUCAUGCUUUUAGUGAAUGCAAUAAUAGUCAGUAAUUUCUUUAUUGCAGCAGUGAAAAAUGAAAAAGAUGCAGGAUGGAUCUGUGCAGCUUUAUUUCAACAAAUGCUGUGGAUGUUGUUUGUGUACACUGAAGCUGACAAUGAUCUAGAUUUGACAGAUAUUCCACAUAAAAACAUCGUGUACCUGUUUGGAUCAGUCGGUGUUGUUUUACUGAACUCUGCUGCUCUGAUGACAGAACUGAUAUUUAAAACAGUUAAUGGUGAGCGUCUAGUGGGGGAUCUGAGAAUUGUUGUCUUUCCCUCUGAAAGCCUCUUCACCUUAAUUAUGCUCAUUUUACUCAUGUUUGCACCCUGGAUUUCAAACACAACAAAGUUUCAGCAGUGUUAUCAGAACACAGCAACAUCUGAUGGCACUCAAACUAAUGGAUCAAGCCAGAACCAGAACACAGUAGAAACACAAGAAAUGGAAAUUGGACUUAACACUGAAGAUCAGGAGGCCGGUAGGAGUGAAGAGACAAAGGACAUUUAGACUGAUUAACUGGUGUAACAACAGUGUCAUUCAAAUAUAUAAAACUAAUUAAAUUAAUUUGGUGAAAAUGAAAAAGUAUUAUUAAAGUCUUAAAUUAAUUUCAAGAGGUGACAUUUUUUCUCUGUUUUGUUUUUGUUGAUUGUUUUGAUUGUUUAUUUUGUUACAAACCUCCUUUGGUCAUAAAGUUAAAUGAUAUUGUUUAUGUGGAUAUCUCUAUUGCGCAGGGUAAUACUAUCAAACUAGAGUGAACAGGUACCACACUGUCCAUGCACAGUCUCAUGAUCGCCAGCUGUUUGCUCUCAGUGCGGUUGUGUAGAUUCACACAUU